AUGUUCUCCCUCAUCCGCUCAGCACUCCGAAUACCCUCUUUAAUCCGCGGGUCUCAAUAUGCAUCCACCUCACUCACACUCUCCAACAUCCUCCACCCACCACCCUCUCUAAGCUCUUCCCUCUCCCUCCCGCACCUCUCGCACCAACAGACCCGCUGGCUAACCCUCAACCAAGCAACCCGCCGCAAACCCAAACGCAAAUCCUCCCAAUCCGUCUCCGUAGCCCUCGAAAACAACUACCAAAAAAAGGGCGUCUGCACUCAAAUCUACACCAUGAAACCCAAAAAACCAAACUCCGCCAACCGCAAAGUCGCUAGAGUCAAACUCUCCAAUGGGAAGUCUAUCGUCGCGUAUAUACAGGGUGAAGGACACAAUUUACAAGAACAUAGUGUUGUGCUUGUUAGAGGUGGGAGGGCACAGGAUUUGCCGGGUGUUAGGUAUAAGAUUGUUAGGGGAGCGUAUGACCUUGGAGGCGUUGUAAACAGGAUGACGGCUCGAAGUAAAUACGGAGCUAAAAAGCCGAAGUCAAAGAAGUGAAGACCUUUUUUAAUAUUUAUCCUUACUAGUUGCAACAGUCACCCGAAA